AACCAACCGCAACCUCUGAGAUUCCCACAUCCCACGACCUUCUCUUCGGCAAACAUGGCGUCUCGCUUGUUGCUCGGGAGGAUCGGGAUCCAGCCCGCCAGCCGCCUUUCCGGCGGCCACCGCGGCUUCAGCGGAGGCGAGGCGCUCCGCCGUUCUAUUCCGCUGGCGGUGGAUAGGUCGGUCUGCGGCAACGCGUACGUGUCGCAAACCAAGACGGGCGACAUCGGGAGGACGGAACAUGAGCCGCAGCACCUCGACAUGUUUUCAGAUCCCCAGGUUGCUCGUGAGCACCAGCAGUUCGUUCAGCUCCUCGACAGGAUGCUGGACGCUUUAAGGAAUCCUCAGAGUCUCGCGCAGAUGGAGCGUCGGAGGCUUGCUAGUGGGGUGAAAGUCUUCGAUGAUGACAUAUGACAGUCAAGUUCUCUAUGCAGAAGUAGAGAGUUGAAUAAGUGAACAGUUUAUGUUAUUGUUUAGGUUCAUUCAGAUUAUAGAUCAGA